CUCAGCAAGAGAGAUGCCAUGCUCUUUCACGAACUAUAUAAAUUGCAGAUUAAGAAAUGUGGAUGGAAGGUUUCGGGAUUUGACCUACCUUUUUUGGUGCCAAUAUGUGAAAGAAAUUCUUCAGAUUCGUGGGGUACAAUCUGUUUAUUUGCGGCAGAUGCUCACCAGAGGUGUUUAUACAAAACAGCAUAUUCAUGAAAAAGGUGGUUUGGAAAACCUUAUUAAUUCCGAUGCUGCAUUCAAUGCAUACAAAACUAUCAGAGGUACUCCUGCAUAUUGGCAGAACAAGAAAAAGGAUGUUUUUGCAAUGGUCAGACAAUUAGGGAAACCUCAUAUAUUUUUCACUCUUAGUGCAGCCGAAACAAGGUGGUCAGAGCUUUGGCAAAUAUUACAUCGUGCAAAGUUCAAAAAAGAUCUGUCUGAAGAAUCUGCCCUCGGUUUAUCAUAUACGGAAAAAAUGAAACUCAUACAAGAUGACCCAGUUACCACAGCUUUGUAUUUUCAUCAUCGUGUUACAGAGGUCCUCAAGUUUGUCAAAUCGCCAUGUAAACCAUUGCUUUGCGCAGUUAAAGACCAUUUUUAUCGAGUUGAAUUUCAGGCAAGAGGCUCGCCACAUGUCCAUGGCUUAAUAUGGUUAGACAUCGGCAAUAACGAUAAUGAUACCAUUGUCCAAUACACAGAGAAGAUUAUCAGUUGCUCUAUUCCUGAUGCACAAAAUGAUCCUGAACUAUACAAGCUCGUCACUGCACUACAAGUACAUCAUCACACAUCUACCUGUUUGAAAGGCAAUAAUGCCGGUACUUGUAGAUUUUUCUAUCCAAGAUUACCUUUGCCACAAACAAUGCUUUUAUCAGGCAUACCCGAUUCCACCUCCGAUGCAGAUAUCAGAAAAUUCAGAAGAAUUAGGAAUAAACUCCAGGAAAAGCUGUGUGACCUACUACAAAAUUCUAAUGAUACUGAAGUUUCAUUUACAGAUUUUUUAAAAUUAUGUGACGUUGACGAAGAAACGUAUAUAAAUGCCAUAAAAACAUCUAUUAAAGGCGAAGCAGCAAUUUUUUUAGGUAGAAAGACAUCAGAGGCUUUUGUUAAUAAUUAUAAUCCGAAUAUUCUCAGGCUACAUCAAGCUAACAUGGAUAUUCAAUUUAUUGUUGAUGAGUAUGCUUGUGCUAAUUACGUAUUAUCUUAUAUAAAUAAGAAUGAAAGUGGUAUGUCAAAACUACUGAACGAACUAAAUGAAGAAGCCAAAACUUCCGGAAGCACAAUGAAGGAGCGUUUGCGAUCUUUAGGCAAUUGUUGGACACAUCACAGAGAGGUGUCAGCACAAGAAGCUGCGUAUCGCGCUCUGAGCAUCCCUUUGGCAGCUUCAUCAAGGAUAACUAAAUUCAUUCCCACGUCUCCGAUGCAGAAAAGGUAUGCUUGUUUAAAGCAAAACUGGUCUGAACUUCCUGAAACUGAAAAUGUAUUGAAAAAUGGUGUCAUUGAAUACUACAUAUGUCGGCCAAUUGAAUUGGAAAAUACCUCGCUUGCAGAAUUUGUUGCCAAUUAUGAUAUUAUGCCUGGUACAAUAUCUGGUGACAUCACAGAAACAGAAGAAGGGGAAAAUUUUAACCACAAUUCAAACAAUCGUGCUAAACAACGUUCAAAUAUUUUGCAGAUGAAAGAAAACAUGGGAUGCCUCAGAAAACGUAGGAAGGAAGCAGUUUUGAAGUACUUUCGCCAUUACAAGACUGCUGCUGAAGAAUCCUUUGCACUUUGUAUCCUUUUUGUUCUUUGGCGAAAUGAGUCUGUUGAUUUGGGCAAUACCAACAUGCUUUGUGACAAGAGAAAAACGACCAUUUUGCAGCAGUUGCGUCAUUUCGAAGAAAAUGCUCUUAGAAAACACAUUAAUGAUUUGAAAUCUGACUUCAAUUUAUUAGAUUCAACAGUUCUAUGCAUUGCAGAAACCUGGCUUAGGCCAUCGGAUUCUGGUCCAAAUUACUACUUGGAAAAUUUCAACAUUUUAGAAAGACUUGAUGGACUUAUUCAGACAAAUGGAAAAGGAUUGCUUCUUUAUUCAAAAAGUAAUAUCAGAUAUUCAAUAUACAACUCUGGAAAUGACGAAAUUCAGUGGAUCAUGGCCAAUAUAGAUGAUCUAAUUUGCUGUUUCGUAUAUUUCCCACCAGGAACUGCUUUGUAUAUGAUGUCUGAUUUGUUCUUAUCAUGGUUUAAUUCUCAAACAGUACCGGAUUUAAUCAUUGGUGAUUUCAACAAGUCAACUGCAGAAAUGGAAGUGUUAUCAUCAAAAUACUCCUUGCUGUGUUUGACAGAAAGCAAGACUACUAGAGGUUCAAGGGAUAUCGAUCACAUUUUCUGGAGGAAAUCUGAUCACAUGUCAGUAUCUGCACAAGUUUACAAUGUGUUCUACUCUGAUCAUGAUGCAGUUUCAGUGCGUGUGGAAAAAAGGGAAAACUCAAUGCCCCUUUGCAAUGUGGAACUACCAACAGAUGUGAUAAUUUGAUAGCUGCUGAGCGUGAAACCAUUCCUACAAUUGUGAGCUGAUGUGAAGAACCCCACCACCAAACAUAUAAGCUUGAAAUUCUUAUUAGAGUUAGCUCGUCAAGUGCAAUAUUUUUCAUGUUAUAUGUGUGAGAGCUAUUAUUGACAUAUUCUAAUAAGUGGGAGUGGAGAAUGUACUAGCAUUGUCAAUGUCUGAUAUUUUUCAUGGUUUGAAUACAAUGUCUUCAGUCUCAUAUUAAACUUUGAGUUAUAACACCAAUGGUUCUUACCAAUGAACAACUUCAUAAAACAUGCUGUUUUCGUGAGUCCUGUUUUGAAUGAUUGAGUUCAUUUAAAUUUAUAGUGUAACAUCAAAAACUGGCUGAUGUAAGUAUCGCUGGAUUUAUUUCAAAGAUACUUAGGACAGAUGAAUUUUUCUGUGGGUAAUCUGAUCAUAUGUCAGCAUCUGCACAAGUUUAUAAUGUCCUCCACUAUUUUAAUGAGUCAAUGACGUAGGUAUGUGCCAAAUCAUAUCAAGUUUAUUUACAUGUUUACUCUUACUGCAUUUGCAGUCAAAUUAACUUAUUCCAUUUUUUUGUACGCUUGCACAGCUGCAAUGUUUAUGCUCAUCUUUUAGCCUUUUUUCAUUACAGUUCUGCGGUAAACAACAUCAAUAUGCUAAUAAAGAAGCAUUACAAUCUUUCCAAUAGUGUUCAACAUGUUAUGAAAUAUGGUGGUCGCGGUUUCAUCAAUGCAAAAAAUAUUUGCCGGUUUAACAGCGUGAUGCAAUUAUUGCAAAUAGUUUUCGUGUCCAUAUAUUUGAGCAUUGCUCU